AUGCAAAGAUGGCUUGAAAGGAUUUACAUACUCUGCACUAAAGUUCCUUGUAGGUAAAGAAGAGAGGAAAGAAGAGAUCCCCACUCAUUCAUUUUCACCUGAAGCAGCCUUUUCAAAAAUAGAUAGAAAGAUAAAGCCCUGUGAAAAAGUAUCGCAGCCAAUGAACAUCCUGACUCUGACAAAAAAGCUCAUGGACAAAGUGUGCAAACAUGGCCCAAGGCACAGAUGCUGUAAACACUACGGAGAUAAUUGCAUCUCGUAUUGUAUUAAAGGCUUCAUUAGGAUGUUUAGCAUCGGUUACCUGAUCCAGUGUUGCCUUCGGAUUCCAUCCACCUUUCGGCAUCUGUUUACACAACCAUCCCGGCUACUUUCCCUCUUCUACAAUAAGGAAAACUUUCAGCUUGGAGCUUUUCUGGGAUCUUUCGUCAGUAUAUACAAGGGUACUAGUUGUUUCCUGCGCUGGGUACGAAACCUAGAUGAUGAGCUUCAUGCACUUGUGGCUGGAUGUCUAGCAGGAAUUUCCAUGAUGUUUUACAAAAGUACUACUAUCUCAAUGUAUCUGGCAUCCAAAUUAGUAGAGACUAUAUACUUCAAAGGCAUUGAAGCAGGAAAGGUUCCCUAUUUUCCUCAUGCAGACAGCGUCAUCUAUGCCAUUUCCACGUCAAUAUGCUUUCAGGCAGCUGUCAUGGAAGUUCAGAACCUGAGACCUUCGUACUGGAAGUUUCUUUUACGACUAACAAAGGGCAGGUUUGCUCUCAUGAACCGGAAAGUUUUAGAUGUAUUUGGUACUGAAGCAUCUAAGAACUUCAAGGAUUUCACACCUAAGCUUGACCCAAGACACACUGUUGUACCACCAGAGCUACCGUUAGAGCUGUCUUGAACACAAUAGUAUAUCUUGUCAUUGAAUGUGAUCAGCUUUUUGUCCUGAGAAGUUAAUUAACUUAACAGUCGUAUAUAUGGAGGAGGGCUUGGGCUCCACUUCAGUAUUAUUUCAAUGAGAAAUGCUUUUUACCAAUCAGAAGUACUGAAGCUUUGCAGGAAAGUGUGGCUUAAUGAUUAAGCCCCUUCCAUAAGCAGAAACUAUUUUUGGAUUACUGUAGUUGGUUGGCAGUCUGGUAGAUUCCUGAAUGAAUUAAACAAAUGAGUAACAUAUUUAGAGAAGUAAAGUAUAAAUUAUACAUAACAACUUCCAAAAAUUCUGUAGUUCGCACUAGUAAAACUAAAAGUAAUUCUUAAUUUAGAAAGGAAGACAGUUUGGCAUAGUUUAGGUCCAGAAUUUUACCUGAUCUUACAACUAUUGCAGUCAGGUGGAAA